GGGCAGGUACUGGGACCCUGUGGAAAAUAAGCUGGUGUUAUAAUGCUCUGCAGAAAGAAGAAAUUUGUAGAGGAGAAGCGGAGAGUGAAAGCCAAUAAUCGUGAAUAUAAUGAAAAAUUUCAGUACGCAAACAAUCGCAUCCAAACAUCCAAGUACAACGUUCUGACCUUUUUGCCUAUCAACUUGUUUGAGCAGUUCAAGCGGGUUGCCAAUGCCUACUUCGUGUUCCUCCUGAUUUUACAGUUGAUUCCAGAUGUAUCCUCCUUAUCAUGGUUUGCUACCAUUGUUCCUUUAGCGCUGGUUUUAACCAUUACAGCUGCCAAAGAUGCCACCGACGACUACUUUCGCCACAAAAGUGACAACCAGGUGAACAACCGGCAGGCCGAAGUACUCAUUGAUGGCAAAUUGCAGAAUGAAAAGUGGAUGAAUGUGAGAGCUGGAGACAUCAUUAAAUUGGAAAAUGACCAGUUUGUGGUGGCUGAUCUGUUACUUCUUUCCAGCAGUGAACCACAUGGACUGUGUUACAUUGAGACCGCAGAGCUUGAUGGCGAAACCAACCUAAAAGUGCGACAGGCUUUACCCGUGACCUCAGAACUUGGAGAUGACAUUACCAGGCUUGCAGAAUUUGAUGGAGAAGUUGAGUGUGAACCUCCUAAUGGAAAACUGAAUAAAUACGCAGGAGUUCUUUCCUGGGAUGUUAACAAAUACUGCCUUAAUAAUGAAAUGCUGCUGUUACGAGGUUGCAUGUUGAGAAACACUGAGUGGUGCUUUGGAAUGGUUAUUUUUGCAGGCCCUGACACCAAGUUAAUGCAGAACAGUGGCAAAACUGAAUUGAAACGAACAAGCAUUGAUCGCCUGAUGAAUACUUUGGUAUUGUGGAUCUUUGGACUAUUGGUGUUCAUGGGAAUCAUUCUGGCAAUAGGAAAUUCAAUUUGGGAACAUCAGAUUGGAAUCCAUUUCAGAAUUUACCUGUCUUGGAGUGCAGUGGUGAAAAGUCCUAUAUUUUCAGGAUUUCUGACAUUUUGGUCAUACGUUAUCAUACUAAAUUCGGUUGUGCCCAUUUCCUUAUAUGUAAGUGUGGAAGUGAUUCGGCUUGGACAUAGCUACUUUGUCAACUGGGAUAAUAAAAUGUAUUAUUCCAAAGAAAACACACCCGCUGAAGUUCGGACCACAACUCUCAGCGAAGAACUGGGGCAGAUUGAAUACAUUUUUUCAGACAAAACAGGGACCCUCACUCAAAACAUAAUGACUUUUAAUAAGUGCUCUAUUAAUGGGAAAGUAUAUGGUGAAGUGGGCCAGAAAACACUAAUCGAUGAGAAGAAAACGCCUGUGGAUUUCUCAUUCAGUCGGCUAGCAGACAGAAAAUUUCGCUUUUAUGACCACAACCUAGUUGAAUCCAUUACAAUGGGAGACCCAGAAGUCCAUGAAUUCUUUAGGCUGCUUUCUCUCUGCCAUACAGUCAUGUCCGAAGAGAAAACCCCAGAUGAAUUGAUUUACCAAGCACAAUCACCAGACGAAGGCGCUCUGGUGACUGCUGCCAGGAACUUUGGUUUUAUCUUCAAGUCUCGAACUCCUAAGACCAUCACGGUGGAAGAAAUGGGCAAAGUUGUCACUUACCAGCUGUUGGCAAUUUUGGAUUUCAAUAACACCAGGAAAAGAAUGUCUGUGAUAGUUCGAAACCCCGAUGGACAGAUAAGACUUUACUCAAAGGGAGCAGAUACUAUUUUAUAUGAAAGGCUUCAUCCAUCUAGCAAAUCUCUCAAGUCUUUAACGUCAGACCAUCUUGCGGAAUUUGCUGGAGAAGGCCUUCGGACUUUAGUUCUGGCUUACAAGAAUGUGGAUGAAGAGCAAUUUCAGGAGUGGCUUGAAGUUUAUCAGAAGGCCAGCAGUUUGCAAGAGAAUAGGGAUGAACUGCUCGCUUCAGCAUAUGAAAGCAUUGAGAGAGACCUGAAGCUACUGGGAGCCACAGCUAUAGAAGAUAAAUUGCAAGAAGGAGUUUCAGAAACCAUUGAACGCUUAUCGCUAGCAAACAUUAAGAUCUGGGUACUAACGGGAGACAAACAAGAAACAGCUAUGAACAUUGGUUAUUCCUGCAACAUGCUUACUGAUGCCAUGAAUGAGAUUUUCAUAGUAGAGGGUCACACAAAAGCAGAAGUAUGUGAAGAACUAAGGAAAGCAAAAGAUCUUAUUUUGGGGCUGAGCAAGGACAUUUCUGAUGGACAUGCAUAUGAUGAAAAGCUCCAAGAACCAACACGAAACUUGGAAGAAACUGUCGCUUCUGAUUAUGCCUUAGUAAUAAAUGGACAUAGCCUUGCUUAUGCACUUGAGGCUGAUCUGGAAAAUGAGUUCGUGGAAGCUGCAUGUGCUUGUAAAACUGUGAUCUGCUGCAGAGUCACUCCCUUGCAGAAAGCGCAGGUUGUGGAGCUGGUUAAAAAGCACAAGAAAGCCAUCACCUUGGCCAUAGGAGAUGGAGCCAACGAUAUUGGCAUGAUAAAAAGUGCCCAUAUAGGUGUCGGCAUCAGCGGCCAGGAAGGCAGUCAGGCGAUUCUGAACAGUGAUUAUUCUUUUGCUCAGUUCAGAUACCUUCAAAGACUCUUGCUUGUUCAUGGCAGGUGGUCAUACUUCCGGAUGUGCAAGUUCUUGUGUUACUUCUUCUACAAAAACGUUGCCUUCACUCUGGUCCAUUUCUGGUUUGGCUUCUUCUGUGGCUUUUCAGCCCAGACUGUUUAUGACCAGUGGUUUAUCACCCUCUUCAACAUUGUAUAUACUUCUCUGCCUGUACUAGCGAUGGGAUUGUUUGAUCAGGAUGUGAAUGAGCAGAGCUGCCUCCGUUUUCCAAAGCUGUAUGAACCUGGGCAAUUAAAUCUCCUCUUCAACAAGCGCAGAUUUUUCAUCUGCAUAGCACAUGGAAUCUACACGUCGGUCGUUCUUUUCUUCAUCCCCUAUGGUGCUUUUUAUGAUGCAGUUGGAGAAGAUGGGAACCAUAUUGCUGACUACCAGUCUUUCGCAGUCACAGUCGCAACCUCUUUGAUCAUAGUGGUCAGUGUUCAGAUUGCACUCGAUACCAGCUAUUGGACAGGAAUCAAUCACUUCUUCAUCUGGGGUAGCAUUGCUGUGUAUUUUGCCAUUUUGUUUGCGAUGCACAGUGAUGGCAUUUUUUAUUUAUUUCCCAACCACUUCCCUUUUGUAGGAAAUGCUUGGAACUCCUUGGAGCAGAUAAACGUUUGGCUCAUCAUUCUCUUGACCACUGUGGCUUCCGUUGCGCCUGUGAUAGCGUUUCGUUUUCUGAAGGUGGAUUUGAACCCAACAUUGAGUGAUCAGGUACAGGUUUUGAACAGGGCUCAGAAGAAACAGAGCCCAUUACCGAUCCAGAUUCACCAAACGCACAGAGCUAGCUCGCGGAGAUCAGCUUAUGCCUUUUCGCACCAAGAAGGCUUUGGGGAACUUAUAACAUCUGGAAAGAAUAUGCGUGUCAACAAUAUACAUUCAGUAUUUGGGAUAGGAAAAACGAUGCAGAAUAGCUGGAUUGAGAACUUGCGGAAGAGAACAUCGGAGUGUGAAAUUCAGCUGAGAAAGAACUCCAAGACUAUAAAUCAUUGAGUAUGUGGAACAAAAGAGUGUGCUGUUGUUGCACAGAAUAUUUACACUCUAUUUAUCUACUUGCAUUGGCGUGCUUUCAAACAGCUAGAUCGACAGGAGCUGGGACAGAGCAACGGGAGCUCACUCCGUCACGGGGAUUCGAACCGCUGACCUUCUGAUCAGCAAGCCCAAGAGGCUCAGUGGUUUAGACCACAGCGCCACCAGCAUCCCAUUUGAAGGUGGGACCUUCUGCUGGCAAGGAAGGUGCUGGGCCACUGACCUAAUACUUUGGUGUGUUUUUUUCAGAAGGUUGGUGGGGAUAUGAGAGAGGUAUAUGGGGAUCUACACCCAUAUUCCUAUUACUUCUGAUUACUAGAUAUUGCAAGUUUUCAUUAUGCUUCAAAAACCUGCCAAAUCUAUUCCACCACAAGAUGCACAUACAUUUUCCUUCUUCCACUGUUGCAUCUGCUUAUCUGUACCACAUUCAACUUGCUUUAAAACAACCCUCUGUCUCUGACCCUUGACUGUAAUCCCACAAACAAGCUACACCACAGACUGAAGGUGGUGAAUAUCCUGUGUGAGUGUCUGGAGGUGGCUGGAGGAUGGAUGGUGGCUAACAGAUUGAGGUUGAAUCCUGACAAUACAGAGGUACUGUUUUUGGGGGACAGGGGGCGAGCAGGUGUGGAGGACUUCCUGGUUCUGAGUGUGGUAACUGUGCCCCAGAGAGACCAGGUGCGCAGCCUCGGAGUCAUUUUGGACUCACAGCUGUCCAUGGAGGCACGAGUCAAUUCUUUGUCCAGGGCAGCUGUCUACCAGUUCCAUCUGGUAUGCAGGCUGAGACCCUACCUGCCCGCAGACUGUCUUGUCAGAGUAGUGCAUGCUCUAGUUAAAUCUCCUGCUUGUACUACUGCAAUGCUCUCUACGUGAGGCUACCUUUGAAGGUGACCUGGAAACUACAACUAAUCCAGAAUGUGGCAGCUAGACUGGUGACUGGGAGUGGCCGCCAAGACCAUAUAACACCGGUCCCGAAAGACCUACAUUGGCUCCCAGCACAUUUCCAAGAACAAUUCAAAGUGUUGGUGCUGACCUUUAAAGCCCUAAAUGGCCUCGGUCCAGUAUACCUGAAGGAGCAUCUCCACCCCCAUUGUUCAGCCCAGACACUGAGGUCCAGUUCCGAGGGCCCUGUGAGAAGUGGGGUUAGAGGGAACCAGGCAGAGAGCCUUCUUGGUGGUGGCACCCGCCCUGUGGAACGCCCUCCCAUCAGAUGUCAAGGAAAUAAACAACUACGUGACUUCUAGAAGACGUCUGAAGGCAACCCUGUUUAGAGAAGUUUUUAACAUUUGAUAUUUUAUCGUGUUUUUAAUAUUCUGUUGGGAGCCGGCCAGAGUGGCUGGGGAAACCCAGCCAAUUGAGC